AUCAAUCACAGCAGGCAUGGCAAUCAGACACAUCAGUGAGUGGAUGCACACUCAUUCCAAGUACACAUACGACACAACACGCACAUGCACGCACAUGUACAUUCAUGCACCCCUCUGUCUCCCACUCUAUCCAUACGUCCGCCCCUGCAUCACCACCAUAUCUCUUCUGCGGCGACUUCCCCAGUCGCUCUCGGAUGCGGUCGUUGAUCUUCUCCUGCCACUCGCGCUGAGCAUGCUGCCUGCGGAGGAUGGUGUUGCCGUGCAGCUGCGGGGCCCUCUUGCUGAUGUACUCCUGCAAGGUGGGCAUCUUGCUCUCCUCCUCUGCUCUGACGAUGUUGACCUGCCGCUGGAGGCACUUGGAGAAGUCGUAGUUCUCCUCACCGUCACGCUUGGGACGCCGCACAUCCCGCCGCAGUCCCUGCCGUCCACCCCCUCUGGUCUGCUGUCCGUCCUGUCCGUCCUGUUGCUGUGGGGGUUGCUCUUGUGGUGGUGCCUGCACGACCGCAGGUGGUGGGGAGGGUGAGGGUGAGGGUGGGUGAGAGGGUGGGUGGGGCUGCUGCUGGUCUCCUUGCUGUUGCUGCUGUGCGGGUGGUGGGGGUGGUGGGUUGGAAGACGAUGCCCCGGGAGGGUUCUGCCGUGGUGGUGUGGGGGAGGGCGAUGCCGUCGAUGGCGUCCGACCGAAUGUUGACGGGAAGGGGACGUUGAUCUGCACACGCUGCUCACCCAUACCGUCACGUGCCCCGCCACACCGACCCCCAUGCGCCUCUCCCACCCCUGUCCCCUGACCAUUGUGUGCCCAUGGGGCGGGUGUUGGGUUCUUCAUGCGCUCGCGUCGCUCCUUGAAGGGGAAGCGGCUCUCGUCCACGAUCACCUCCGGUGUCUCGUACACCUUCUUGGUGUCGAUGUCGAGGGCGCGAUAGGUGCCCUUCAUGCGCGGCGCCAUGCCCAGCAUCACCAUCAUCUUGCCCUUGGCCUGCAACCCCCUCCUGAUCUCCUUCCUCUGGUGCACAAACGCCGCCGAACCGAAGAGGAAGAGGCCCUUGAUGCUCGCCUUCUUGCCGUAGAGGGCGUAAUGGGGGGAGGUGGGUCUGCCGUCAGGGAGCCGUGCCGCCUUGGUCACGGUGAUGUUGUACAUCCUGACGGCAUGGUCGAGGGCGUACGGCCAGUACUCCUCAGGCAUCCCUGAGUCGGCCAUGAUGGACGUCAUCAGCGCCAUGAGUAUGCCGACCUUGUGCUCGACGACGCCGCCUUGGUUCCUGUGGUAUGGGGCGUUGAACUGCUGGCGGAUGCGGUGCUCGAUGCAGUACUGCUCCAGCUUGCCGUACCGGAACUCUUUGGCACCGUCGCUCCGCAGCGUCUUGAUCUUGCCCAUGGCCUGCUCGUAGCAGCCCACACACUCAGUGACCUUGUUGCGCGACGGGACGGCGAAGGCACAGAUGUGGCGGGUCUUGUCGUCGGUCAUGAAGAACCCCGUGUCGCCCUCGACUGACGCCACCUUCAUCGGCUUGUGGUCGAGGUGGACGAGGUCGAAGGCCUCCUUCGCCCGUGUCCCUGGCUCCCUACAGACGUUCUUGAGCCGCAUCUUGCCCGCCACGCAGCCCUCGCACACGCACCCGUCCUCUGGUGGCUUGAUGUCGGGCAUGCCGUCGACGAACUCCUGUGAUUGGGCCAGCCGUUUGUGGCCGAUAUGGCACAUCAGCCGGUGUGUCCGUUCGGUUGCCGCCACCUCCUCAGCUGUUGCCGUGGCUGCCAGCGAUGGGGUGGUCUUGGGUGGGGGUGUUUUGGAUGGGGGUGGUGUCUUGGGUGGGGGUGGGGGAGAGUUGGGGGAGGGCAUGGUGGACAGGUAGUAGAGACCGCUCUCUCUGCGCAGGGGGAUGGUCAGCUGGCCGAACUUGAUGCACGAACGGGUUCUCUGCAGAUGCGUGGUGUAGUUGUACGCUCGAUCGAGGGCUCCAGCCGGCAGCAGGUUGACGGACAAGUCGGGCACGUACAGCACAUCGUGCACUCGCAUCUCCACCACACGACCCUCUGCUGUCCACACGGACAGCUGGACAUCACCCACCCCCUCUGCCAUUGUUGUGUCCCCCGUCACCGAGCGAAUCCGGUACCGUUUGGUGGGUGUGAGGUUGAGGAAGCUGCCCUUGUCGAACAUGCAGUGCUUCUGUGCGCCCGAGUCCGCAAUGAUGCGGUUGUCCUUCUUGUCCGAGAGGGUGGCCGCCACUCGUGUCUCGAUGAUGGCGUCCUCCUCACUGCCGCCCGUCUCGUCGCUGACCUCCUCCACCCUUGCGUGCGACGCCAUGCUGAUGCCGUGGGUCUCCUCCGUGACGUACGACUCCUCGAAGACCGGCGAGUUCUCGUCCUCGAAUGUCGCGUUGGUGUGGUAUGAGCGACUCCAAGUCGACACGUGUAUGCGCAGGGGUGCGCACAGAGGCAU